AUGCGGCCUAUUUUGCUGUCGGGCCAUGAACGGUCCCUCAACCAAAUCAAGUUUAACAAGGAUGGCGAUCUCAUCUUCUCAGUCUCCAAGGAUAAGGUCGUGUGCGCGUGGUGGUCCGCCAACGGCGAGCGUCUCGGAACCUACAGUGGUCACCAGGGUGCCAUCUGGACCGUUGAUGUCAGCCCCAACACCGUCCUUCUCGCCACCGGCUCAGCAGACAACACCGUGCGUUUAUGGAACAUUAAGACUGGCGAGUGUGUGAAGACCUGGGAUUUCCCGACGGCCGUCAAGCGGGUCGCCUUCUCCCCGGAUGGAAGCAAGCUGUUGGCCGUGACUGAGAAGCGUAUGGGUUUCCUGGGUACGAUUGCGGUGUUCGAUAUUGCCUAUGGCGAUGGUAACCUCGGUGGCCUGGAGGUCCAGGCUGAGGAGCCGAGCUUGCGCAUCACUUGCACCGAGAGCAAGGCUACUGUGGCGGGGUGGAGCUAUCUGGCCAAGUACAUCAUCGCGGCUCACGAGGAUGGCAGUGUCAGCCAGUACGACCCGAAGACUGGUGACCAGGUGAAGAACAUCCAGGCCCACGAGUUCGACCACCAGAUCAACGACCUCCAAUUCUCCCCCGACCGCACCUACUUCAUCACUGCCUCGAAAGACAAGUCUGCCAAGCUUAUCUCCGCCAGCAACCUCGAAAUUCUCAAGACCUACAUCGCCGAUACCCCCCUCAACUCCGCCUCCAUUACUGCGAAGAAGGACUACGUGAUCCUUGGUGGUGGUCAGGCCGCCAUGGAUGUCACCACCACCUCCGCCCGCCAGGGUAAAUUCGAGGCCCGCUUCUACCACAAGGUUUUCGAGGACGAGAUCGGUCGUGUCCGUGGCCACUUCGGUCCCCUCAACACCAUCGACGUUCACCCCGCCGGUACCGCAUAUGCCUCCGGUGGUGAGGACGGCUACGUCCGUGUCCACCACUUCGACAAGUCCUACUUCGACUUCAUGUACGAGGUUGAGCGUGAGCAGCUGCGAAAGUAA